CGGUUCGGUUCCGUGGCGCUGAUGGGGCGGCUUAGGAAGAUGGAGGACACCGUGUCGCUGCACCCGUCCUUCUGCGUCUGGGCCGGCGGCGAACCCAUGCACUUCUUCGGCGUCUUCGACGGCCACGGCGGCCCUCACGUGGCGGCGCUGUGCAAGGAGCAGAUGCACGCGAUCCUGGCGGAGGAGCUGGCCAUCGCGGCGGAGGACUACCUGGCCCAUCGCGACGAGGAAGGUGCCGAGGAGCGGGCGUGGCGCACGGCGCUGUCCCGGAGCUUCGCGCGCGUGGACGCGCUGGCGCCGGCGGCGUGCGCGUGCGGCCGCGUGGCCACGGCGGCGGAGGGCGCGUGCGCGUGCCCGCUGUCGGCUGGGGAGAGGUGCAUCAUCGUGGGGUCGACGGCCGUGGUGGCGCUGCUGGUCCGCGACCGUGUCAUCGUCGCCAACUGCGGCGACUCCCGCGCCGUGCUCUCCCGGGGCCUGGACGCCGUCCCGCUCUCCCUGGACCAGAAGCCGGACCGGCCAGACGAGAUGGCGCGCAUCGAAGCUGCUGGCGGCCGGGUUCUGUUCAUCGAUGGGCCACGUGUCAGAGGGGUCCUCGCCAUGUCCCGCGCACUAGGGCACGAGCUCCUGAAGCCUGAGGUGAUAUGUGAGCCAGAAAUCACCAUAACCAUAAGGUCGGACGACGACCACUGCCUGAUCCUCGCGAGCGACGGGCUGUGGGACGCUAUCUCCAACAGGAAGGCCUGCGACAUCGCCCGGCAAUGCAAGGAAGAUGGAAUCCUGACGAGAGCCCAUGCAGCUGGGAGCGAUGAAGCCUGCCGCAGCAGCGGCGGCGGCGCACCGGGUGGCCACCAGCCAGAGCCUCCGUGCCGCCACGCCGCUGCUGUCCUGGCGAGGUUCGCCCUCUGCAAGGGGAGCUGCGAUAACAUCAGCGUUGUUGUCAUUGAUCUGAAUGUGAUGGGUUAG